CUAGAAUGAGGCGUAUUUGGUGAAGUACUCGGUCAAACAGAUUGUCGGAACAACAACGCGAAUCGCAUCCGUUUCGCAAAGCCUUCUUCGUUGUGGGGUGGAGUGAUGUCUACUUUUCAUCGGUUGCUUAUUCGAUCGGUAGAUGGCUUCUACCACCACCCUGUGCCAGUAUACAAUCAUAGAGAAGACCCUCAAUUUCCCUCCCUCAUACUCUUUCCCUAUCUUUUCUCAUCCUCAUCUUCUACGUCAUCAGUUGAUAAUCUUUUUCGUCUGUGUCUGUCCAUCAUGUUGAUGGUUUCAUUGAGCAAUCUUGAGUGCAUUGAUUACCAUGAUCUGAAUCUCUUGCGUAGGCCACGAUAGGAGGUUGGAUUGUCAAGAAGGAAGUUCUGAAGGUAGGAUGACUAUAACAGGCGUAAAGAGGCCACUUUCGAUUCAAUUUAAUACUUAGAUGUAUCGCGCUCUUAGGGAGGCUAUCGUGACUCAGUAGUUGAUGCGAGGUUUUCCUGUCAUGUGAAGCAAAGGCAGGAGCGCAUCCUCGUGUCAAAAGCAACAGAAAGGAGUAAAAGACCACGAGGACCACGAGACCGACGCAUUUUUGUCGUGAGAAGCCUCUAGGCUGAUCCUCGAUCUGGGCAGGAGCAGAAGGUCUUCUCCUGAAGAACCGAAAUUUCAGGAGGAAGACACAAUCAAACUACAACUGUAGGAGAAGACGCAGGCAGAAGAAGACGAAGAGUAUCAGCGGAGCACGUUCUUUGAACUACACGAGGCGCCAAAUAAGCAGAACAUCAACAAGCAAACGCUGCCGUUGCUGUCGUACUCAUAACCACGCACAUCAACGUCAACCAUGGCCUCCCCAAUGAAGAGCGCCAACCCAGGCGGUUCGCCAUCACCAAGCGCGUCCCCACAAAAGACUGGCGGAAUAGGAGCCUCCUCCUCCUCAGCAUCGCCGAUGAAGGGAGGAGGCCAUGGAAGUCCAAGUCCGUCACCUGAUCAUUAUGGUUCGUCUUGAUAGAUAUAGAGAUGGAAGACAAAUAUUCAGACAAUCACAAUCGAUUCGGACGAGAAUCCCUUUGUUCGCAGAAGAUGAAAUUCAAAAGUACAGCUACUGCUGCAGGUCUUUCUAGUCAAAUUCAUCAACAAUAAACUCUUCAACAUCGACCUCAUGUCAGGCACAUCAAUCAAUCAAUCAAUCAAUCAAUCAAUCAAACCACCACCUGCCUCUAACCGUCAAAAUCUUCCGCAUCCCCAAGCACAAGGCGAGUCCCGAACGUCUCUCCGAGGAUAACGAAUCAAGUAGAGCUUGCGAUGGCUUAUCCUAGCCUCUACGGCGCGCCUUCAUAUGCGAGCAUUUUCUCGGAGCCUGUAGACUUCGAGCCUGGUCCAGGACAGUAUGAUAUGCCAAGCGCGUUGGGACAACAGUAUUGACUCGUUUUUUCUCUAGAAGUACUCCAGCUGAGGAGAUAAAUCGAGCAGUUGUACAAAUGGAUCUAUCUUCUAAGUAUGUACUAUCAUGAUCAUAUUUCUUGGAACAUGAUCAAGUUCAUGUUCUUCAACAGGAAUACUUACACUGCGUCAUGUUGUCCACCUUACAACCAUCCUUUUCUUCUACUUUCAACAUCAACUACAGGGUCCUAUCAAGAACCGAUACGUUGCCGAGCAUAUCGAUAUUGGCGAAGCACUCAUCAUCCUGGUCAAAAGUCUACAUUUCGAAGUAUCACGCGAUAAAGGCUAGGGAUACUCCGGGUAACUCUAGGUUCUUUCAUAUCUAUGGGUGCUGAAACGUAAGUGUAGUCACGUAUGAUGAAUAUGAGCCUCGUAAAUCUUUUUUUUCAGUAUGAAGUAGGAAAUGCCUUCAUCUACUACUUUACAACUGCAUCAACUCCUACUCUACUCCACGACAUCUAGACCGUAGAUGAUGACAUUAAGAUCCCCUACGAUGAUGAUGUCUCCCAACAUCCUCUGUUCUUCUCCACCCUUAGGUCCCGGCAGCUACACUCCAGGACUUCUAAAUGCCGAAGGGUCGGUUAGGUUUGGAACAGCUGUGAGGAAAGAGGUGGCCUAUGACACGGAAUCACCCGGACCAGUUUAUGACAUUCGAAAGAGCGCUUCAGACUCCAAUUUUGGAGCGGUACUUGUUGUUAUUUUGUUAAUAAAUUAAGGGAGGAGGUUGUACAAGACUGUUGUAAUGGUCCUCCCGUUUUAAAGGGUAAUGAUCUUAAGAAAUCUCCCAUUUUCAGAGCUCCUGUGAUCUUCUUGGUCCCGUUUUUAAAGAGACCCAAGGAGUCCCAAGAUGCUGCUGAAGAUGGAUUUCCAUUAGUUCUAAUUAAAACAAGGCCACUCUCUGGAAGGAUGACGCUCUAGGCACUUUUCCUCUAGUUUGUUAGUUCAUAUUGGAAGGAUUGUUUUUGUCAGUAUCGUAUUAUCUACAGUUGGAGUUGUCCUUAUGUUGACUCUAUGCUAACUAGGAUCAGGAUUUUCUCUCGCCGAAUGUUUGGGCACGACCACUUUUUUGACGUAUCUAUUCAUCCUCUUCCAACUUCCCACGAUCUUCAGGGAAAGUUCGGUCAGGAUGAUAGAUGGCGAGGUCUAUUAGAAUUCGGCGGAACAGGACCUGGCCAAUAUAAUGCAGAGACCUCAUUCGACGGAACGACCGGACUUCAAAAAUCCUUCGCUGUAGGGCAUCGGGCUUAUGAUCGGGUAACAUUUUUUUAGAUCGGUUUCGUUACAACUUGUGCAUCUCCAUUGAGCAAGAGACAAUCCUCCUAAAGAUACAGAAAUUAUAGAUACAGAAAUAUAUUAAUACAUAGAUACUAAUAGAUAGUAAUCAGUACAUCCCUCCUUCCUUCCGCUUUUUCUAGGUACGAUUCCCCGGUUGUGAUCGAGUUAAUUUGGGGAGAGCAAGUCCAGGUCCAGGACAGUUUCGAAACUGGCAACCAGCUGGAAGAAAGUACUAAUGAUUGAAGUGCUUUAUUGUGGACUAUGAUUUUUAAGAUACAUGAUCAACAAAUGAUAAUCUUGCGCAUCAAGAAAGCAGGAUUAAUACAGGCGCAUGUGCAAAUCUUUCUUCUACUACUAACAUUCAAAGGAAGUCUGUCUCAUGAUAUGCGACGUUCUUCUUUUAAACACCACGAUGAUCAGGUGCGCGUUCCCCCGCUCUCUCCGCAAGCCGCUCUAUGAUCCCGGUUCAGUAGAUUCCAGUGUCGGUCCCGGUUCUUACAACAGUACUGAUAGCCUCUCCAAAUCGUACUCCUACGGUUUUGGGAAACCCAGUGUGCGAUCCCGUCUAUCCUGGAAGCGCGACCAAGUGACCAUGUCCAACUGGUGCAGACUGGGAAUGGCUAAGACUGUCCGGGACAAUAGGUGAAGAUCACGCGGCCUAGAAGAUCGUGCUGUUUUUAGAGAUGGCAGUUUUGUCUAAGAUAUCCAGAAGUUGUAUCAGGAGUAUGUUUAACAAAGUUACAUUUAUUUAAGCUGAUUGCUAUUCUUGUCGAAAAUCAAAAACGGGAAGUCUGGACAUGGAGAAAAUGUUCUAACUUACUAUGACGAAAUGAACUUGAUAUGUAGGUGUGCUAGUAGGGGGAUUGAGUCAGUUGUACAAGCUGUUGCUCCUCGAUCUCGACGAUGGAACACUAGGUGAGUAGAGGAGUGCAUAUUGAUGAAGGUGGUGCUAGAAACGGGGUGGAGUUCUUAUUUUUAGUUGACAACACACAUCAUCAGAAGCAGUUGUGCAUUAUCUGUAAGAGAAAUAUCUGCGGACGGUAAGCUCAAGAAUUAUAGCGUCUGAGUGCAUAUUUUUAACAACAUGAUUUGUACAGUCUAGCAUGGUUAAUAUUUCACAACUACAGUUUUGAAUUUGAUAACUACACACGACACUAUUUGUUCAAUGAGAAAUGCAUACAAUUUGCGGUAAAGAGCAAUCGCGAAAUACUAAAAAUGAGAAAACACAUCCUGCAAUGUAAAUAAAUUAGAUUAACGAUUUCCUGGGUCAAAUAUCAAAGUUACAAGAAAUAAUACCACCCAUAUUGACGUUUGUUGAAAUUGAAAAACUUGAUCACUUCUAGAAAAUGAACAGAUUUUCAAUAGUAUAUCACCGACAUACUUACAGCUAGUACCACGGACGACGACCGCCCAUUUUCCCCAAGUUUUGUUUCCAGUUUAUGUAGAUGAAUGUUUUCGUAAAUGCUUGUUCUUCUUCUAACAACAAUGUGUUGAUGAAGCCGCAUCUAGAUCUAUUGGUACCACAGAAAUGAAGAUGCAUCAGCGAGGUUGACUGGACUGUC